AAGACAAAACGAAAAAAAGUCGAUUCAAAAUAUUUAGCUUAACAAACAGAUCAAUUUGAUCUUUGUCUUAAUAAUUGUAGCAUUUAAAUAUUUUAAGUAAGCUGUAUUAUCAAUUUCAAAAGUUUUUUAGUAUUUCGGUCGUAAUAUAAGACUAUAGACAACACGGACGAAAGUCACUUCAAAAUAGUUAGCAUAACAAGUUAGAUAAAGUUGAUAUUUGGCUUGACAGCUGUAUCAUUUCAACCAUUUAACUAAAUUGUUCCAGCAAUCUUCAAAAGUUGUAACAAUGAAACUUUUCUGCGUUUUGUUAUCAUUUAUAUGUUCCGUAUAUGUUUCAGCAGAUUUAAAUCUCUAUAGAAGGGAAGUUUUCAUUACAAACAAACACAUCAAGGCAGCUUCUAAAAAUAAUCAUGAUUUACACGGAAACAGUCUGGAACGUGUUAUCAAACAUAUUGUUUUUGCAAAUAAUUAUGGAUAUGGUUAUGAAUAUAAUAUGUACGCAUUAAGUCUUAUGAUCGCUGUACCAGAGCAUAUAGACCUUGCCGAUAUAUUUUUUUAUAUCCAUUUCCAGAGAUGUAUAAGAUCAGUAAUAAGACUUAAAACAAGUGUACCUGUGCCUGAUGUACAAAACCAAACUUCUGGAAACUUAAAUUUGCCUCAACUUGGAAAAGAUAGAAGACGUACUACUAGAAAAGCUCUAAGACAAAUAAUUAUCAACGUAUUAGAUGGUUUGGAGUACGUAAUUGAAACAAUUGUUAAUGAAGAUAUUUAUUGGAAAGCCCACCUGCAUUUUAUGCUCGCUUUUCCGGAAAACGCAAACCUGACCAACAUACAGAUACCUAUUUCAGAAUUUAUAGAUUUACAGAGAACUAUACGAGAAAAAAUAAUAGCUACAUUACCUGAAAUGCCUCAUGUUGAUGUCCAAACUAUUCCUGUGCCAGACGAAGAUUUUGAAAACGAUUUGAGACAGCUUGGAAUUGAUAGACGACUUCUUACUGAAAAAGCUAUAAAAAAUGUAAUCAGAAGUGCACCAGGUUUAACUGAACCAAAUACCGCUUUGAGAGAGUUGUGUUGUUUAAUUGGAUUGAUGAAUAGUACAAAAUUUGGCAAAAUAUUUUCAACAAAUGAAGGAGUGUAUCCAGAAGUCUAUUGUAGCUUAUACGAUGGAGCUUAUCAUUAUAUAGUAUACAGAACCUUUGAAAGCAUUUGGCACCAAGUAGACCCUCAUAAUUUCGAUAUUCAACUAGAACCACUUUGGUCCCAGCUAGAAUAAUAGUUUAGGCCAGGAAUCAAAAUCAUAACUCUUAUAAAAUUAUAUACCUAAUCCUAUUGUUAUUACAUUUAUAUAGCUUGUUCAUAUUGCACUACUAACUACAAUGUCAAUUGAUUUCAUGUGUUUCAUAAUAAAUAGUUAUGCCAACUAAUAGAAUUUGUUUCUAGUUUGGUUUUCUAGGAGAUGUAUAGUAGCCUUUCU